CUCUGAACCAGUAGAAACGAAGUAGUAUAUAAUAUAAUAUAUAAAUGCUCCAACUCCAACUCUUAGAACUCAUGCAGUUCUCGCAACUUGAAACAGUUAGGACAUGGACGAGUUGACUGAUAUACUAAUUACAUAUCAUACGAUAAUAAAGAAAUAAUCUUUUCAAAUUGCGAGAUCUAAGAACUGAAAUAUGAAAUUUGAGAAUCUGCUAAGAAAUUUAAAUUUUUGCCGAAAUCGCACCAGGUUUAAAUCACUAGUUCAUCUAUAUAGUUACUGCCCUAGCGAUAACUGAAAAACAGAAGAAACCGGAACCUGCUUGUUCAUCGAGCUGAAUUCAUCAAAGCAACCAACAUUACAUACCAUAGUCAAGUAUAUAAAUCGUGAUAACCUUUUUCUUUCAGGGACAUCCUGUUAGAUUUGACCAUCUGCUCUCUGGAAGAAUUUCUAGACUGUACGAUCGCACAGGACGUUGUUGAAGAUAAAUAUUGUUUAUCCUGUCGAAGCCGGGAUUUGGUGAAGCAGAAAAAGUAAAUAAGAUAACUACAAUUGUAAGGAGAUUUAUAACAUUCUGCGAACGCAGAGUGUACUGAGAAAGAUUGACAAUCCCAAAAGAAAUUUUAUUGAGAAGGAUGUCUGGCACCAAUGAAAGUACAAAUAGUAACACCUGCGUUGUGUGCUACAAAAAUGUCGAUAUUUAUAGCAUUGGCAUGUGUGAACAUCCUGUGUGCUACGAGUGUAGCACUCGGAUGAGGGUACUCUGUUGUCAAAAUGAGUGUCCUAUCUGCCGUCAAGAUUUGCCGAAAGUUGUAUUCACGAAGGAGAUAAAACCCUUUCGACAGCUACACAAAGGCAACUUGUUCGACACACGAUAUAAUAUCUAUUUCGAUACGCCCGAUAUUCAAAGUAAAUUUUACGAUUUAUUGGCUAAUAAUUGCAAUAUAUGUAAAGAAAAACCUGUGUUCAACAAUUUCAAUAGUUUGAAGGAUCAUAUGAGACAUCGACAUGAGCUACACUACUGUGACCUUUGUGUAGAGAAUUUAAAGAUAUUUUCCCAUGAAAGACGUUGCUAUACAAGGGCUGACCUCGCUCAGCAUAGAAGGAAAGGAGACGUUGAUGACAAGAGUCACAAAGGGCACCCGCUGUGUGAAUUUUGUGAUCAGCGUUAUAUGGAUAACGACGAAUUGUUUCGACAUUUAAGAAGAGACCAUUUGUAUUGCCACUUCUGCGAUGCGGACGGUUUGCAUCAGUACUACAGCUCUUAUGAUUAUCUCAGAGAUCAUUUCCGGCAGGAGCAUUUCUUAUGCGAGGAAGGGGUGUGCGCAGAGGAAAAAUUUACGAGUGUCUUUAGGACUGAUAUCGAUCUUAAAGCACACAAAGCAAGUGUUCAUAGUAAACAGUUGAGUAAGGCUGCUGCGAAGCAAGCAAGAACAUUAGAACUCGAAUUCACGUUGGCUCCACGGGGAGAGAAUCGAAUGAAUAGAAGAGGAAUGGUGGGUGCGUCGACUUCUAGAAGUUCAAGGGAUUACGGUGGAAGAGAUUUCAACGUCCGGGAAUAUCAGCAAACAGUCACGUCUAAUACGUCCAACGUGUACGUCUCAAACAACGAACAACCUACAUUCGUACGUCAGCCAUCCGUGGACGUACAGAGCACGGAAGAAUUUCCAACGCUGGGAAAUACCGCGCCUAUCGUACCUACCUUGAGCCAAAACAAAGGUAGAGGUAACGUAACGAUUCGUAGCACGAUAAGGCCGCAACCUCUUGCUGUUACGGACGAAAAUUUUCCCGCUCUGGGACCGGAAUCAGGAAAUACGAGUAUCUCGAAAACAGUCAACUUCAGCGUAUCCAGCAGUAACGCUUCGGGUUCGAACGCACAAUCACAGAAAAGUACAACUUCUAACGUGUCCAUACAAGUAAAUCAUGAGCCAAAUGGGACUGUCACUACAAAAGUUUCAGGUCCCAAUAUCAGAAUACGUCCUGCUCAACUCUCGAUGGAAUCAUUUCCUGCGUUGGGCUCCGCGGAGCCAUCGACCAGUAAUAACACGAACUCGGCCCAUUGGAAAGAAGUUCUGCAAUGGACUUGCACGAAAUCAGCGACCGCGCCGGCACCGAAACCUAAGAAAGUGGCUUCGCCCCCAUUAGUACCGUCUCCUCCGCCUAUACAAUCUGGGGAAGAUUUUCCUACGUUGUCAAAGUCGUCGAAAUCGAAGAAGCAAUCAACGAUCACGGUAGUUCCAUCCUGGGGUCAAUCGCAAUCGCAAAGUUCAAACAACAGUAAUAAUGCGAAGACGACUACGGAUAUGACGAAAGGUAAAACGAAAAAGAAAAAGGUGAAACAGAACAAUAGUCAUAACAAUGCUGGGAGCGAGAGUAGUAGUUCAAAAGCAAAUCUAAGUACCGUCGUAGUGAAGAAAGAAUCCGAAACACCUAAAAGUCCGUCUAGCAGGAAUAACGUGAAUGCUGUACAGUCGAGUUCUAAUACCGCGCGGCAGACGGAUAAUAUCGGUAACAUCGAAGACACGUCGAAGAACAUGAACGUUCAAUCUCCGAAGGAAACGGAGCAGCAGAGUAACAAAAAGGAGAAGAAGAAACAUAAAAACGUGGAUAAUGAAGCGACUGUAAAUACGUAUCAUAUCGACAAUGCUUCGAACGGGGUGCAGAGAAAGCGUACCGAAUUAAAGAUAGAUAGUUUAAAUUCUAAUAGGAAUGUUCGGCAACUAGAAGAAUUCCCAGCUUUAAGCGGCAGCAGUUCCAAACCGCCGGGUUUUACAAAUCCACCGCCGGGAUUUGGAACGACGACCCCUCCGCCUCCGGGUUUUUGUAUAAAAUACGAUAAUAUGGAUAAACUGAAUAACAGCAACGGAUUGACUUUCACGAAUAGUUCCGGGGAAAGUUACUCCAUCUUGCCGAAUAAUAGUAAGCAUAGCGACGCGUACAAUUAUGUCCCUCCAUCCGAAUUUCAGAAACGAAACAAAUCUCUUGUGGCUAAAGUUAACGAGGUUUUAAUACAGCAGGAUCAGAUCGACGAGUUUCGAUAUAUAAGCGGACUUUUCCGUCAAGGAACGUGUAACGCUCAGGAGUAUUACAUGCAUUGCCGUGUAGUCAUGGGCGCUAGCGCUUUCGAGAACGUGUUUCCAGAGCUUCUGGUUCUCUUGCCCGAUAUCGAGAAGCAACAAGAGCUGUUUAAAGUUCACAAAAAGGAGAGCGGCAAUAAGAUAAAGGGUUUAGAAAUUUGCGCGACGUGCGGCCAGGUUCUUAAACACGGAUCCGAUUUCCGAGCACACAUGACUAGUCAUACGUUAGAGAAUCAUUUCCCGGCGUUGGGUAAAAUCAGUGCCCCGUCGCAGAAAAAUUCUUGGGUACGUAAAUGAGUACAGUUUUGUGUUUAUGAUUUAACUUACAAAUUCUGCCAAGAUUCUGUAAUCUGUGAAUAAAAGAACUGACAAACAAAUUAUUUUUGUGAACGGUAUCAGUGUAAUAUAAUCGCGUUUAAUUUGGAACUACUGUUUAAAAAAAGGAAAGAGUACGUGUUAUAUGUUUCAACGGUCGAUUUCUAGUAUUAAAACGGUUACUUUGAACAAAUUAAUUGCCAUGUUGUAGUACUUGGUCUUUACAUUUGUUCAAUGACCUGUGUGAUUGCUGCCUAAAACGAAGAAAAUUUGUUAUUGAAUGGUUGUACUAAUAAUUUUACGAGAUGCAUACAGCAAACAAAGUCAAUAAUAAGUCUCUGUAUAAUAACAAAUUUUAUGUAAGUUAAUUUAAACCACUUAACUCGCGUGACAUAUUAUGAAUAAGAUAUUCGUACGUACACCAUGUACUAAACAGAAUGUUUUAAUCAUGUCCUAUUAUGUCGAUAUGUUAAAACUACUACUGUAUAUAUAUUACUCGUAAGUAGGAAACAUAUUUCUGUAAUUUAUUCAUUGUCUUUUAUUCAGUAGAGAUGGAAUAAAAUUGUACGAUGCAUAAAAAUUAA